AUGGCGGUGUCUCGUCGGUCCUCGCAACAACAGCAAAGUACAUUACAGUCUCCGCCAAGAAACGGCUCUAUUUCCGGCGCUCCUCCGGGAUCUCCGCCGAUGGCUCUACUGACUGCGGCCGUUGGACCCCCGGAGAUUGAGAGGGAAUGCAGCGGGGGGAUUGAGAUGGUUCUGGCCUCCACAGACCUACCCACCCCGGUCUUAACGAGCAGUGCAAGCUUCACCACGACAACCUCUGGCGGCGGCAGCAGCAGCGUCUCGAGCCCCGGUUCUGGAGCUGCCAGUCCCACUGACUGUAGCAGCGGCAUCGGCGGGGCGUUCAGGGAGCUGUUCGAGGCCUGCCGUAACGGAGAUGUAUCCAGAGUAAAGAGACUUGUCGAUUCGGUGAAUGUAAACGCAAAGGACAUGGCUGGUCGAAAAUCAACUCCCCUUCACUUCGCUGCGGGAUUUGGCAGAAAAGAUGUGGUGGAGCACCUCUUGCAGACUGGGGCCAAUGUUCAUGCCAGGGAUGAUGGAGGACUUAUCCCCCUGCAUAAUGCCUGCUCUUUCGGCCACGCAGAAGUUGUCAGCCUCCUCCUGUGUCAGGGCGCAGAUCCCAACGCCAGAGAUAACUGGAACUACACACCAUUACAUGAGGCUGCCAUCAAGGGAAAGAUAGAUGUUUGCAUUGUGUUACUCCAACAUGGAGCUGAUCCAAACAUCCGCAACACUGAUGGAAAAUCUGCUUUGGAUCUAGCCGACCCUUCAGCCAAGGCUGUUCUCACUGGUGAAUACAAGAAGGACGAACUUCUGGAAGCAGCAAGGAGUGGAAAUGAAGAAAAGCUGAUGGCACUGCUGACUCCGUUAAAUGUUAACUGCCAUGCCAGCGAUGGUCGCAAGUCAACAUCCCAAAAAAUGCUGUCGACGCCGCUCCACCUGGCUGCCGGCUACAACCGGGUCCGCAUUGUCCAGCUUCUUCUCCAGCACGGAGCCGAUGUUCACGCCAAGGACAAAGGUGGCCUGGUUCCACUUCAUAACGCCUGCUCCUACGGCCACUUUGAGGUCACCGAGCUUCUGCUUAAACACGGAGCCUGUGUGAACGCCAUGGACUUGUGGCAGUUCACUCCUCUCCACGAGGCCGCGUCCAAAAACCGAGUUGAGGUCUGUUCCUUGCUACUGAGCCACGGGGCCGACCCCACCCUGCUGAACUGUCACAGUAAGAGUGCCGUGGACAUGGCCCCCACUCCAGAGCUCAAAGAAAGGCUCACCUACGAGUUUAAAGGUCACUCGCUGCUGCAGGCGGCCCGGGAGGCAGACAUGGCCAAAGUAAAGAAGACGCUGGCUCUAGAGAUCAUCAGCUUCAAACAUCCUCAGACCAACGAGACUGCUCUGCACUGUGCUGUAGCUUCCCCCCACCCCAAGAGGAAGCAGGUGACAGAGUUGUUGCUGCGUAAAGGUGCCAACAUCAAUGAGAAGAACAAAGACUUUAUGACUGCGUUGCAUGUUGCUGCUGAGAGAGCUCACAACGAUAUCCUGGAGGUGUUGCAGAAACACGGAGCAAAGGUCAACGCUGUGGACACACUAGGUCAGACCGCUCUUCAUAGAGCUGCGCUGGCUGGUCACAUCCAGACCUGCAAGCUGCUGCUGAGCUAUGGGGCCGACCCGUCCAUCGUGUCUCUGCAGGGUUUCACCGCUGCUCAGAUGGGCAACGAGGCUGUUCAACAAAUUCUUAACGAAAAUGUCCCAACUCGUAAUUCUGAUGUGGACUACAGAUUUCUGGAGGCAGCCAAAGCAGGGGAUCUGGAAACAGUGCAACAACUUUGCACCCCCCAGAAUGUAAACUGCCGGGACUUGGAGGGCCGCCACUCCACUCCUCUCCACUUUGCAGCUGGUUACAACCGAGUGGCUGUUGUUGAAUACCUGCUACACCAUGGAGCUGAUGUCCAUGCCAAAGACAAAGGUGGUCUGGUUCCCCUCCACAACGCAUGCUCCUAUGGUCACUAUGAAGUAGCCGAGCUGCUGGUCAGACACGGAGCUUCAGUCAAUGUGGCUGACCUGUGGAAAUUCACCCCGCUUCACGAGGCUGCAGCCAAAGGAAAAUAUGAGAUCUGCAAACUCCUGCUCAAACACGGAGCCGACCCAUCCAAGAAGAACCGUGACGGCAACAUGCCGCUGGACAUGGUGAAAGAUGGAGACACGGACAUCCAGGACCUGCUGAGGGGGGAUGCAGCGCUGCUGGACGCUGCCAAGAAGGGCUGCCUGGCCCGGGUCCAGAAGCUCUGCUCCCCAGAGAAUAUCAACUGCAGAGACACUCAGGGGCGCAACUCCACACCCCUCCACCUCGCAGCUGGGUACAACAACCUGGAGGUGGCAGAGUAUCUGCUGGAGCAUGGGGCUGAUGUCAACGCCCAGGACAAAGGAGGCCUUAUCCCUCUUCAUAAUGCUGCUUCUUAUGGGCAUGUGGACAUCGCAGCCCUACUGAUCAAGUUCAAUACGUGUGUGAAUGCUACAGACAAAUGGGCUUUCACACCCCUGCAUGAGGCGGCCCAAAAGGGUCGUACGCAGCUCUGUGCACUGCUGCUGGCUCAUGGAGCCGACCCCACCAUGAAGAACCAAGAGGGCCAGACUGCCCUGGACCUGGCCACGGCUGAUGAUAUCCGGGCCCUGCUGAUGGAUGCCAUGCCACCAGACGCCCUGCCCAGCUGCUUUAAGCCCCAGGCCACAGUGGUCAGCGCCUCAGUCAUUUCCCCUGCCUCCACACCGUCCUGCCUGUCUGCUGCCAGCAGCAUAGACAACCUGGCCGGGCCGCUUACUGAGCUGGCCGCCGGCGCCGCCUCUGGUUCCUCCGGAGUGGCAGAUGGAGCCACAGGCACCGACCGCAAGGAAGGGGAGAUGGCCAUGCUGGACAUGAAUAUAAGUCAAUUCAUGAAGAGCCUGGGCCUGGAGCACCUGAGGGACAUCUUUGAGAGGGAGCAGAUCACUCUGGAUGUGCUGGCUGACAUGGGUCACGAGGAGCUGAAGGAGAUUGGAAUUAAUGCCUACGGCCACCGACACAAACUUAUCAAGGGUGUUGAGAGGCUGCUUGGUGGCCAGCAAGGCGGCAACCCCUACCUGGCAUUUCAUUGUGCCAGCCAGGGCACCAUCCUGAUAGACCUCGCCCCGGAUGACAAGGAGUACCAGUCUGUGGAGGAGGAGUUGCAGAGCACCAUCAGAGAGCACAGAGACGGAGGCAACGCUGGCGGUGUGUUUAGCAGAUACAACAUCAUCAAGAUUCAGAAGGUGGUAAAUAAGAAGCUGAGGGAGCGUUACACCCACCGGCAGAAGGAGAUCGCAGAUGAAAACCAUAACCAUCACAAUGAGCGGAUGUUGUUUCACGGUUCCCCAUUCAUCAACGCUAUUAUCCACAAAGGCUUUGAUGAGCGCCACGCAUACAUAGGAGGGAUGUUUGGAGCGGGUAUCUACUUUGCAGAGAACUCCUCAAAGAGCAAUCAGUACGUCUACGGCAUCGGUGGAGGCACAGGCUGCCCGACACACAAAGACCGGUCGUGCUACCUGUGCCACAGGCAGAUGCUGUUCUGCCGAGUGACCCUGGGCAAGUCUUUCCUACAGUUCAGUGCCAUGAAGAUGGCCCACGCCCCCCCGGGACACCACUCAGUAAUUGGGCGGCCCAGCGUUAAUGGCCUUGCCUACGCUGAGUAUGUCAUCUACAGAGGAGAGCAGGCCUACCCGGAGUACCUCAUCACCUACCAGAUCCUUAAACCGGAGAGCACGGCCCAGUCUGCUGCAGGAGCUGAGCAGAAGUCGUAGUUACUUUACAUCACACACACACACACACACACACACACACACACACACACUGUCAGAGCCUGAACUCUGUGGACUACUACUGGCUCACCACAUCUGGGUUCAUCCUGUAUAGAAUGACCUGAUUUUAAUGCUAACUUAGAACACUACCAAACAGGUAACAGUGUAUUGUUGCUAUGCUGUAAUGCUGACUUUCUCAACUUUCACCCUAAGAACACUACAAACGCUGAACUGAAAUGUUUUUUUAGUGGUUUAAUUCAGAGUUGGACAUACUUAAUAGAGAGAGGGCUCUGUCAAUUCACAAAAGUUGAAACUAUUUUAUUGUCAUUACAAUAUUGAUUUGAAUGAGAGAAGUGUGCUCUUUAACAUAGCUGAAAUGCAAUGUAAGUCAUCAUAAUUACACAUUCGUAAACUAAAGGCGUGAAUGUUGUACAUUAAAAGCGUAUAUAUGACCGUGGAGUCAAUUGUUCAGAGUGUUGAAAUGUGCUUGUGAUGCCUUACAAGCUAACAACCAAUUGCCAGUGAACUCAACAAAGCAUCUUUUCUGUCGCCAUGGUCGUACUCAGACAUCCCACGCAUAAGGAUUUGCACUUUUACAUAGAAGCCUAUUUAAGUUAUUUUGAAUUUAAAUUGCAAAUUGUCGGGGGAAAAAUAUUUGUACAGGUUGUGUAAAUGGUUGUGUAUAACUGUUGCUGUUUAACAGUAUCUUUGAGUUCAACUGUAAAUGACCAUCUGAAUUUUCUUUUCAUGCCUUCUUGAUUCUCCCAACUUUUUUUUAAUAAAUGUCCCAUUAACAGCU